AUGAGGCUUUAUUUCCGAAACUGGCGAAAGAUCGCUUUCGGUAUCUUAGGGAUCUAUUUCCUUGUAUCGUGUUACACUGGUUACCUGUUGAUACGGAGGAGACUAUUGAGCAAAUCUCGAUAUGACCUACAACGCAUCAGAGAACUUACUGCAUUCACGGAUGAUGAUACCGAUUGGAAUCCUUGGGGGGAAGAAUUUGAGAAGGAGGAUGUAGGGGCUCCAAAACAGCUACCACACAUCCCAUGGGAGUCAGAAACAAACCUUAAAAGUUACAAGGAACCUGUUGCUGGACGCCCGAAUGUCUCCACUUCGACAGAAUUUGUUGUUGAAAUUUGGGGGAAGGCUGCCAUUGGCCUUUACUUGUGGGAACACAUUUUUGAUGGAGUACUAGAACGAAGACUUCAAGGUAUCUGGAGUUAUGGAGAAAAAACAAUUGGCAACAUUAUAUUCAGAUUUCGGACUGGUCCUGGUGUAAUCCCAUCAAAAGCUCCUAAACAUGCACAAAAUGUUGUAUUGGUGCUAAACGGACGAGAACCAUCAAAAAUAGCAUUAGCCAAACAAUGGUUGGAUCAUCUCAGUUCCCUCCCCAGACUUGAGAAUGCAGCAGUGGUGUUGUUGGGUAAUGAACAAUGUGAUAAUGAUUGGCUGAAACCAUAUAUGGAAAGAAACAACGGUCUGGUCAAGUUGGUUUUUCUCACCUAUGACAGUUCAGAAAUUGACAACAAAUAUUUAUAUCAAUGGCCUUUAGGAGUAGCUACGUAUCGGGAAUUUCCUAAAGUAAAAGGAAACAAUGUCCCAGUGAUGAAUAGCAGGAAAUACAUCUGUAACUUUUUAGGGACAAUCUACAAGAACUCGACCAGAGAGACACUACUGCAGACGCUUACCUCCAGCUCUAUUGGAAGUUCUUGUUUUAUACGGGCCAGACACACCUGGCUGCCGAAUGAGACAGAGGACACAAGAGAUACAUACCUACGGGCCCUUGCCCAAAGUGACCUUACUUUGAAUCCAGUGGGGAUCAACACUGAGUGCUAUAGGAUCUACGAGGCUAUGUCCUAUGGAUCUGUCCCUGUCAUUGAGGAUGUGAUGACCUCCGGUCACUGUGGUGAAUCUCCGGCCUCAAACUCUGUGCCACUUCGUUUGCUCAAAGAAGAAAAUGCUCCAGUUAUAUAUAUCAAAGAUUGGAAAGAACUAGAAGAGAUACUUCAAAGGGAGACAACAUUUUCUCAAGAAUAUAAAGCAAAAAGAAGGAAAGAAUUGAUAUUAUGGUACGAAAAUUUUAAAUUAAAAAUGCGAGAUAAGUUUAUACGUGUGAUAGAAGAAAGAUUUUUUCACAUUUAUCGAUAA